AUGCUUUCAGGUGCGAAUACGGCCAUCCUCCAUGGUGCUGUUCCUUUAUCGGUCGGUGCGACUGGGUUCGUCAGUGUAUCUGGCCCUUCUGCCUCUGGUGGACUCUGCCCCCCACCACCAAGCUCUACACCGACACCACCGCCUCAUAUGACACCCACUCCAUCUUCCGCAGUCACUUUCACUCCACCACAGGCGGUGAUUCGACCUCCCGGUGGCCAGGCCGUCUUCAUCGACUCAAUUCUCUCCCAACCAUCUGCAUUGUCACAACAAUCUCAAUCACAACAGCAACAAUCGAAUCCCGUAGGGCUUUCUGCACCGAUGACUCCGAGCCAAAAGGGUCAGGCAGCUCUCGCUGCAUCCACUGGUCAGUUAGUCAAUUUCAUCUCCACUCCAUGUAUGCCGCCUCCCGUUCCCUCUCAAUCACCGGGUCCAGUGAUCACCUCUCUUUCUCUAGCCCCAAUGUCAGCUCAGUCUCCUGGUGGAGUAGUGUUCACCUCAGGGACGAUCGGCUCAGGUAUGGGAAGCACAGAGACGAACAGUAGUAUCAGCCUUGCUAGCUCGAUAUCGAGCUCUCCCAAUGGAGCUGGAAUGACUACCACCUUUUCAAAUUCUGUCCCAAUUAGCCUUGCAUCCAGACCUGCUCAUCCUCAAUUUGUGCAACCUGUAUCACACCGGCUUUCUAUGUCUGGCUGUGUAUCUUCUAACUCCACUGUGUCUGGAAUACCGCUGAUAUCGCCAAUACUGUCUUCUGGUAUGCCAUGUAUGCCUCUUCAGUCGACACCCCCACCGCAAACCUUACAGUCUCUGGUCCCACACCCACCUAUUCCGGCUCAAUCACCUGCUCCUCCAUCUCAGCCGCCACUAUCAGCUGUCUCUCCAGGACAAUCAGCCUCUUCUUUGGCUCCUCAAUCAAUUUCUAUGGUUAACAUGGCUAAUGGUCACUUGCCGACUGGUGGUCCCCCACUUGUUGUCAUCAACCAGAUUACUACUUCAAUGGCUUCUCAGAUUUCCGCACCCAUGCAGCAGUCACAGCAACAACAGCCCAUGGUCUCUCUUUCCGGUUCGGUAACUCUAACUUUAUAA